GCACACCACCCCCGCCACCAUCCGUCGAAAUUACCAAACCCACCCUCUCACAAAAAGCAUGCAAAACCCCACAUUAAUGAAACUCACCGUUUUACCCUGCCCCCCUCCUUCGCUUUACACAACUGCAUUUCUCUCGCUCAUAAUUAGAAGGGCGCCCAGCACAGGAAGAAGAGCAAGAAAGAGCGAGUGGAGUGGUGGUAGUGGUUGUAGGGUUAGGGCGAUGCCUUGCUCUUCUCUUGGUGAUACCAGCGGGGACGACAAUGCGCGUUUGCGUAACUUCAAGCUGAACGAGUCGACCUUCUUGGCCUCCCUCAUGCCCAAGAAAGAGAUUGCCGCCGACCGCUUCAUCGAGGCUCACCCGGCGUACGACGGCCGCGGCGUUCUCAUCGCGAUCUUCGAUUCUGGUGUUGAUCCAGCUGCGGCUGGGCUGCAAGUUACCUCGGAUGGGAAGCCGAAAAUCCUAGAUGUCCUUGAUUGCACCGGGAGUGGAGAUGUUGAUACAUCAAAGGUGGUGAAAGUUGAUGAGGGCGGUUGUAUUCGUGGAGCUUCAGGGGCUUCUUUGGUUGUCAAUUCUUCAUGGAAAAACCCUUCUGGUGAAUGGCAUGUGGGUUAUAAGUUGGUGUAUGAGCUAUUUACGAACACAUUGACUUCUCGGUUGAAGAAAGAAAGAAAGAAAAAGUGGGAUGAAAAGAACAAGGAAGAAAUUGCUAAGGCCGUUAAGCUUCUUGAUGAAUUUGACCAGAAACAUACUAAAGUGGAGGAUGCAAACCUGAAAAGGGCUCGUGAAGACCUCCAAAACAGAGUUGAUAUUCUACAAAAGCAAGCUGAAAGCUUUGAUGACAAGGGGCCUGUCAUUGAUGCUGUUGUGUGGCAUGACGGAGAAGUAUGGAGGGUUGCUCUUGACACACAGAGUCUUGAGGAUGACCCAGAUUGUGGGAAACUUGCUAACUUUGUACCCCUAACUAAUUACAGGAUUGAACGGAAGUUCGGUGUGUUUAGCAAAUUAGAUGCCUGUACAUUCGUUGUUAAUGUGUAUGACGAAGGGAAAAUUUUGAGUAUUGUGACAGAUUGCUCCCCUCAUGGCACUCAUGUUGCUGGCAUUGCUACUGCUUUCCAUCCAAAGGAGUCCUUGUUGAAUGGUGUUGCGCCUGGAGCACAGUUAAUUUCUUGUAAAAUUGGAGAUUCACGCUUAGGUUCCAUGGAGACAGGGACUGGCUUGACUCGGGCUUUGAUAGCUGCUGUGGAGCAUAAGUGUGAUCUCAUCAACAUGAGCUAUGGAGAACCUGCAUUAUUGCCAGAUUAUGGUCGAUUUGUUGACCUUGUUAAUGAAGUGGUGAAUAAGCAUCGUCUGAUAUUUGUGAGUAGUGCUGGCAAUAGUGGGCCGGCAUUGAGCACUGUCGGUGCACCUGGUGGUACUACUUCAAGCAUUAUCGGAGUUGGUGCUUAUGUCUCUCCUGCAAUGGCUGCUGGUGCUCAUUGUGUGGUUGAACCUCCUAGUGAAGGGCUCGAGUACACUUGGUCCAGCCGAGGGCCAACGACUGAUGGAGAUCUUGGUGUCUGUGUAAGUGCUCCUGGUGGGGCUGUUGCUCCUGUUCCUACAUGGACUCUUCAGCGACGAAUGCUCAUGAAUGGAACAUCAAUGGCAUCUCCAUCUGCCUGUGGGGGAAUUGCGUUACUCUUGAGUGCAAUGAAGGUUGAGUGCAUUCCUGUGAGCCCCUAUAGUUUAAGGAAGGCUCUUGAGAAUACGGCUGUUCCCGUAGGUGGAUUGCCCGAAGAUAAACUAACCACUGGACAAGGGCUUAUGCAAGUUGACAAGGCAUACGAAUACAUACAAAAGUCCCGAAAUGUUCCGUGUGUUUGGUAUCAAGUAAAGAUUAAUCAAUCUGGAAAAUCAAGUCCUACAUCUCGAGGCAUCUACCUAAGGGAGGCUAGUGCUUGCCAACAUUGUACUGAGUGGACAGUGCAAGUUGAACCGAAAUUUCAUGAAGAUGCAAGUAAUUUAGAAGAAUUGGUUCUCUUUGAGGAGUGUAUAGAGUUACAUUCCAGUGAAAAGGCAGUGUUGAGGGCUCCUGACUAUCUCCUUCUUACUCAUAAUGGGCGUAGCUUCAAUAUAGUUGUGGAUCCUACCAAUCUGAGGGAUGGUCUGCACUAUUUUGAACUCUUUGGGGUUGAUUGCAAAGCACCAUGGCGUGGGCCUCUUUUCAGAAUCCCUAUAACUAUCACCAAACCUAUGGCUGUAGUGAAUAGGCCUCCUCUAGUUUCAUUUUCAAGGAUGCCAUUUCAGCCAGGCCACAUAGAAAGGAGAUAUAUAGAAGUUCCACUUGGUGCUAGUUGGGUUGAGGCAAUGAUACAAACAUCAGGAUUUGAUACAACCCGAAGAUUCUUUGUUGAUGCUGUUCAGAUUUGUCCCUUACAAAGGCCUAAAAAAUGGGAGAGCGUUGCUACAUUUUCUUCUCCUGGGGCAAAAAGCUUUGCCUUUCCUGUUGUCGGUGGUCGGACGAUGGAGUUAGCUAUAGCUCAGUUUUGGUCAAGUGGCAUAGGAAGUCAUGAAACCACUAUUGUUGAAUUUGAGGCCUUGUUUCAUGGGAUUAACAUCAAUAGAGGGGAAGUAUUACUUGAUGGAAGUGAAGCACCCACCAGAAUUGAUGCUGAAGCACUAUUGGCGUCUGAGAAACUUGUUCCUGCUGCUCUUCUGAACAAGAUAAGAACUCCAUAUCGUCCUAUUGAGUCUAAACUUAGUGCCCUUGCAACGAAUCGUGACAAACUACCCUCAGGCGAACAUAUUCUAGCACUGACAUUAAUUUACAAGUUCAAAUUGGAAGAUGCAGCUGAAAUAAAACCGCAAAUACCAUUACUUAACAAUCGCGUAUAUGACACUAAAUUUGAGUCUCAAUUUUAUAUGAUUUCUGACAAAAACAAGCGUAUAUAUGCAAUUGGUGAUGUCUAUCCAAAAUCUUCAAAACUUCCUAAGGGAGAAUAUAAUCUACAGCUAUACCUAAGGCAUGACAAUGUGCAGUAUUUGGAAAAACUAAAGCAGUUGGUCUUGUUCAUUGACAGAAAAUUUGAUGAGAAGGAUAUUAUUAGAUUAAGCUUUUUCUCUCAACCAGAUGGCCCUGUUACGGGUAGUGGCAGCUUCAAAUCCUCAGUUUUAGUUCCUGGAAUACAAGAAGCAAUUUAUUUGGGGCCACCAUCCAAAGACAAGCUUCCAAAGAAUUCUUCACAAGGAUCUGUAUUGCUGGGAGCAAUCUCAUAUGGAAAGCUAUCAAAUGGUGGUCAAGAAGUGGGGAAGAAUCCACAGAAGAACCCUGUGUCCUAUCAGCUUUCUUAUAUAGUGCCACCAACUAAGCUUGAUGAGGACAAGGGAAAAGGUUCUUCCUCAACCGGCACCAAGACUGUUUCUGAACGUUUAGAAGAAGAAGUUCGAGAUGUGAAGAUUAAAAUUCUUUCAACCCUAAAGCAAGACAGUGAUGAGGAGCGUUUGGAAUGGAAAAAGUUCGCUUCCUCUCUCAAGUCUGAAUAUCCAAAACACACUCCUUUGCUUGCAAAGGUUUUGGAAGGUUUGCUUUCUCAGAGUAAUGAUUCAGACAAAAUUCGCCAUGAUGAAGAGGUCAUUGAUGCUGCAAAUGAGGUGAUUGGCAGUAUUGACAAAGAUGAGUUGGCAAAAGCUUUCUCCCUCAAAAGUGACCCAGAAGAUGAGGAGGCAGAGAAAAUCAAGAAGAAGAUGGAGACAACCCGUGAUCAAUUAGCAGAGGCAUUGUAUCAAAAAGGAUUGGCACUAGCGGAUAUUCAAUCUCUAGAGGGUGAGAAAGCUUCAUCUAAAGAUGCAAAAGAUGUGGACAAGAAUCACGAUCAAUCUCAAUCAGACUCUGGGGUCCAGCGAGAUUUGUUUGAAGAGAACUUCAAAGAAUUGCAGAGAUGGGUUGAUGUGAAUUCCUCUAAAUAUGGAACUCUCCUAGUGCUACGUGAGAGACGUAGUGGAAGGCUUGGGACAGCACUGAAGGCACUGAAUGACAUGAUUCAAGAUGAUGGGGAGCCUCCAAAGAAGAAGCUCUAUGAACUAAAGCUCUCUUUGCUUGAUGAGAUUGGAUGGAGUCAUUUGGCGACUUAUGAGAGACAAUGGAUGCAUGUGCGCUUCCCGGCAAGCUUGCCACUUUUCUAAGGUCACUCCAUUUCAGAGCAGUUGUCUUGUAUUGAAUUAGUAGAGGGCUAGGCCCAUUCCCACACGAUUGAUUCGCGUGAGCAUAAAUCUUCCCAUAAUAAAAUGGCCAUUUUCUGUACUA